CAACGGCGCACACGAUUGGCUCAGUAGACAGACGCAGGCCCUCAGUUGAGGAACAUCAACAACACUUAUCCCGUUUAGUGAAUCGUGUCGGAACACACGUAAACACGACACCAUUUCUUUGCAAACAUAUCCGCGAAGAUCUGACAUGAAGCUCUGCAUCCCCCCACUGCUCUGCCUGGCAGUGGCCUUUUCAUCGGCCUUUGUGAUUUCCCCUCCACACAUGUGGACCAAACUGAUCCUGACCCACCACUGGCCAAGCACAUUCUGUAGUAUGGAAAAGCCAGCUUGUCAUCCCAACAUAAGUUACUGGACACUACAUGGACUUUGGCCAGAUAAAGGGAUUGUCUGCAAUUCAUCAUGGCAUUUCAACUCUUCUCUUCUAGAGGACCUGCUUCCAGACAUGAAGAAGAGUUGGCCAAACUUGCUGAGCCCCUCGUCUGCUUCAUUCUGGAAGUAUGAGUGGCACAAACAUGGCACAUGUGCAGCCAAAGCAGCUUCUCUGAAUACUCAGCACAAAUACUUCAGCAAGGCACUGGAACUAUAUCACAAGUUGGAUUUGGACAGCAUCCUGAAGAAGUUUGACAUUGUACCAUCAGCGACAUACUACAAACUUUCGCAAAUUGAGGGAGUCAUAGAGAACUUCUACAACGUCAAACCAAAGAUCCAAUGUGUCCAUCCAUCAAAGAACCCGGAUGUCCAGAUUUUGGGGCAGAUUGAGAUCUGCCUCGACCCUGACUUCACCCUCAUGGACUGUGAGAAACAUUUGACCACGGAGAAGAUGUCUAAGGGGGACUGGAAAAACCUCAUUGUUGAUGACAAGGCAUCUGGGUUCAGUGUCUGUGACCUCAAUGUGCCGGUUUACUACCCACCUCUUCCAUCAACACAUGAACGCACAAACUGAACGGCAACAGCACACUACAGCCCUACUUCAACCAAGUCGAGGACAUUGAAACUAGAUAAACUGUGCUGAUAUUUAGCAUGUGUGCACACACUAACUUAACAGUUUUCACAAUGAACACGACAUGUCAAAGAUGCCCUCACACAAUCAGUGCAGUCUAAAAAUAUUUUGAACAGUAUAUAAAAUUCUGGCGGUGACACGGUGUGGGGGAAAAAAUAGAAUCUCUUUUAAGUGCAUUGCUCUUUUUAUAUCCAGCAAAGGCCAGAACACACAAAGUCCAAUAGUACGUAGUGCUUUGAUGGAAUUAUGUCCCAGAUAUAGUGGCCAGACGCAGGAGAGCUCAGGUCAGGACAUAUGCAAUAUUCAUGUGCUGUAUUUUGUUGCCAAAUGAGUGUAGCCUUGCAUUACAUUUACUGUUGACUCGUACUUCAUGUUAUUGACUUUGCCAAGGCGUCAAAGUUGAAUAUCUUGUGACGUCCGACCAUUUUUUAUAUCACAUUUUUGUUAUGUGCCAUCUCUUUUUCUGCUUGGCUGAUUGCUAAAUUAUGAUACAAUUAUGAUAAUUAAAUCCAGGAUAUUAGCUGGUUUUCUCUUUUGUUGAAUCACUGCCCAAAUAAUAUAAUAUGCAGGUUCUUGUGAUAGCUGCUGCUUUACAAUAACAUCCAGGACAUUCAGGCGUUAUGGACUAGUGGGAUUAUUUAAAGCUGUGUUUUACGCCUGGUUAUGAUUUGUCCAUGUUGCUGAUGUCAACUUAAAACCACGCAACCAAUGUAUAGACUAGAAAUUAAAUAUAGUAUUGUAAUGAGUAAUUGUUGCCUUGUUCUGCUUUAGUAAACAUGAGUCCACAAAAUACACAAAACACAAUAUAAAUACAAAUCCACACAUUAUACAUUGUACACAUUAAGUUGUACAUGUUGCUCAUAUAUUGAUGAUGAUCUUGAACCAAAUUGUACAAAUUCAGUACUCGUUUCUCAAGGAUCUAGUAAAUAAUUUAGUAAACACUACUUGUUUCUAUUGCUGCUGUUUGACCACUGCUUUUGUGAAUCAAUACAUAAAUUGUAAGCUGAAAAGUUUUUUUUAAUGUCAAAUAAACAUUGGAAUUUUUAUGUGACAUUUAA